UUUGUUACUAUAAAGGGCGCCAAGUAUAGUCUAGCCCUUUCAUUUUCCUGGGGGUGUAGAGAGUGGUUGUGGAGGCUUUUGAGGUUCAGAUUAGCUUUAAAAAAAUAAAGGUGCUUGUCCUAUUGCUUUGUUUUCUACUCUCUGUUUUUCAGUGGCGAUGAAACCUACCGAAACUAAUAAAGAUUGCACUGCUACAAGUGACAAGGAAAAUAUGCAGGAACAACCGAAGGUAGAGUCCGGUGCUGCUACGUCCACGUCAGUUGAUGAGAGUGACAGUCUUGCUGAGGCCAACAAGCUGGUAUGCUCUGGCAACAAGCAUAUGGUGCUGGGAGAUUAUCCGUCUGCUGUCAAUGUAUUCCAGGAGGCUUGCCAGUUGCUAGGCACCAAGUAUGGCGAGACUUCAGACAAGUGUGCUGAAGCAUACUUUCUGUAUGGGAAGGCUCUUCUGGAACUUGCAAGGAUGGAAAAUGGUGUUUUGGGUAAUGCCCUUGAAGGUGUAGAUAUGGAAGAUGAAGCAGAUUCGUCAACUCCUGCUGAAAAUGCCCAGGCUGAAAGCACAGAUGACUUGGAUGACGAAAAAAUAGAAGAGCUGAGGGAGCAGGUUUAUGAUGCCAUGUGUGAGAGAGAGUCUGGAAAUGGCCUGCCAGUGGAAGGGAAGACCUCAGAGGCUGUAGAAAAUGGAGAUGUGGCUAUGGAAGUAUCCAAGGCAGAUGACCAUGCUGAAGCAGGAAGGCUUGCAACUGGCUCAUCAGUGGAAGAGAAGACUUUAGAUGUAGAAUCUGCUACAGAUGUUUCUGGCCAGGCUGUGGCUUCUGACCAUUCCAAAGCUGUGGAUUUGGAGGAAAAAGCUUCUGACCAAGCUCCAGCUUUAGAGGGAAAGUCUGAGGAAGCCAUGACUGAAGAUGAGAAGGUUUCAGCUACAAAGUCUGAAGAUGCAGAGGGUAAAUCUGAGGUUUCAUCUUCAGUGCCUGAAGACCAGGAAAUGAAAGAGGAAAUUGUGUCUCUACCUCCUACAGGUGUAGAAACAGCCACUGACAAAGUUGAAGUAGCUGAGAAGGAAAUGGACUCUGAACACACCAAAGCAGAGGUGCAGAAAGCAUCUGAUGCUGCAGAUGGAGAAAAAACACAUUCUGAUCAGCUUAUGGAUGACACACAGGUUGAAGCUGUUGAAGCAAAAACACAUUCUGGUCAGCUUAUUGAUGAGACAAAGGUUGAAACAAAGCUAUCAAAGCCUGAGGUGCUUGAUGGUCAGGUUGCAGCUGAGGAGGCAAAGGAGAGUGGCCCUGAACCAAUGGAUGGCAAAACAAAAACUACAGGGGGCCAACCUGAAACUGAAAAAGUUGAUGGCGGAAAAGGUGAAGAAAAUGGAGAGCCAAUGGAACAGGGAGAAGAUGAUGAAGAUGAAGAGGGUGCUGAGGAGGGAGCUGCUGAGGAGGGAGCUGCAGAAGACAAGGAAAAUGAAGAGGAAGUUGGAAACCUUCAGCUGGCUUGGGAGAUGUUGGAUCUAGCUCAAGUAAUUUAUAAAAGGAACGCCAGCAAAGAAUCACAACUUUGUGCUGCUCAAGCUCAUCUGAAGUUGGGAGAAAUUGGCAUUGAAAGUGGAAAUUAUACCCAAGCUAUAGGAGACUAUCUUGAAUGCCUGAAAAUACAGCAGCAACAUCUGGAUGCCUGUAACCGACUUCUGGCAGAGAGCAGUUAUCAGCUGGGCUUGGCAUACAACUAUAACAAUCAAUACAAAGAAGCAGUUGAACACUUUACCAAGUCUUUAGAUAUUAUAGAAAAAAGGCUAGCUAUGGUGUCUGCUAGAGUGGAGAAAGAAGGAUCAGAAGAUGAUAAAACAGAAAUUGAAGACUUGAAAGGGCUGCUUCCUGACAUAAAGGAGAAGAUUGAAGAUGCAAAAGAGUGUAUGAAAAGUGGGCCUGCAGCAGAGCUGGCUCUCAAACAGACAUUGGGUUCUGAUUCUACAUCUUUUCCUCAGCAGAAUGGCAGUUCAUCUGCUCAAGCCUCAACAAUUUCUGUAAGAAAGGCUCCUGAGGGGACUACAUCAAAGCCUGCAGCUGACAUUUCCCAUUUGGUAAGAAAGAAGAGGAAACCUGAAGAGGUGAGCCCACAGAAAAACAGUGAUGCUAAGAAACCCAAGCAGGAGGCCACUGUAAAUGGCAGUGGUGAUGCUGUUCACAAUGGAAAUGGGGUUGCAAAGACGGAAAAAUUGGCUGAUAAGGCAGAUUCAGAGAUGACUGAAAUUACUUCAUGACGACGCACUUCUGAUGGCACAAGCCUCCCCUCUCUCCCUCCAGGAGAAAACUUUGUAUAUAUUUGUAUUUUUCAAAUGUUAGUUUUGAACUGUUUUUGUAAAACUUCAAUAAAGGUUAUAAGCAGUUUAA